CCAUCUAGUAAUGUACGUGUCAAGUGUCAUGCCCUCUGUAUUUUGACUUACCUUUCAAAAUUAAAUGUAAAUUCCGCACGUAUUUGGCAAAAAAAUUCGACGCGCUGUCACAAUGUCUAGUAUGAAGCAACAGAGGUCAUCCGAAAAAUUGAGUAGGAAAUCAAAACAAACAACCGAUUUUUCAAAAGUUGGUGGUUUGGCAAAUCACAUCAAAAUUUUACGUGAUACGAUAAUAGUGCCCCUAUUGCACAACAACGUUUAUUCGCACUUUAACAUCAAAACACCCCGCGGUAUUCUCUUCUACGGACCUCCAGGCACAGGCAAGACUUUGGUCGCUGGCGCUCUUGCAACCGAACUCAACAAAGAGGGAUUUGGCAAAGUGAGUUUCUACCAAAGGAAAGGGGCCGAUGUUUUGGACAAAUGGGUCGGCGAGUCGGAAAAGAAACUCCGAACUCUAUUUGAAAACGCUUCGAAAAACCGACCUUCGAUUAUAUUUUUCGACGAGCUGGACGGACUUGCUCCAAUUCGUUCGGUCAAAAACGACCAUGUCCACUGCAGCAUUGUCACAACCCUUUUGGCCCUUAUGGACGGGCUUGACAGCGUCCCUGGGGUCAUAGUCAUAGGUGCAACAAACCGAAUCGAGAGCGUGGAUCCAGCGUUGCGACGUCCUGGCCGUUUUGACCGGGAAUUGUACUUCCCUUUGCCCUCCACCGAGGCCCGGAAGGAAAUCUUGCAAGUGCACAUGCAGACGUGGAGACACCGGCCCUCCAAUCAAUUUAUUUCAGAAUUGGCCGAAAUGACCACCGGCUUCUGCGGCUCUGAUUUGCAAGCACUUUGCGCUGAGGCUCUACUAUGUGCCAUGAAGAGACAACACCCAAACAUCCAAAAGUGCCUCCUGGGGGCCCGUGUCAAAAUCGAAGCCGGAGAAAUUAGGAUAGACGAUAGUGAUUUUAUCAACGCUCGCAAAAACUUGAUUCCUUCGUCGCAUAAAAUGGGGAUCAGGAUGCGCAAGUUGAGUCCUGUCAUCACCCCGUUGUUGCAAAAACAGUUAGAUAUGAUCUUGUCAAGGGUUAACAUGUUGUGGCCCCAUUUUUCGAUGCAGUUUUACAAGUAUUUGAUUGGGAGUGAGCGUUAUGUUGGAAGAGUUGUGUUGGUUGGGUCAAAUUUGCAAGGGUUAAAUGCGCAUCUAGUUCCGGCUAUUUUACAAAAUUACGAACACUUACCGGCGACUUUUUUGGACGCUGCGACCCUACAACACCGAAGCCUUGUAGCAAAUUUUUGUAAAAAUUUGCCCUCGAUUUUGGUAAUCCCCCGAGUGGACGACUUGUGGUCAUUUCUGGACGCAAACGAGCAGACUUACAUUGCUUCACUUCUCGAAGAGGUGCACGCAGGUUUGCCAAUUUUAAUAAUAGCAACGUAUGAAGAAGAGUUGCCUUUGAUGUUACAGAAUUUCUUUUAUAAUAACACCACUGUGGUUAUCAACAUUGAGAACCCCUCAGACCACGAAGUAGAGGAAUUUUUCAUUCCCCUGUUCUUUGGGGACUCGCCACACAGCUUAAGCACAAUCUUAUCAGGUUGCAAGCAAAGCUGUAAAAGAAAAAGUAACGAAACUUUGGAAACAUUAAAUAAGGGGAAAGGCCCGCGAUACGUCACUUCUUCAAAAGUGUACAAAUUAAAACCAUCAGGGAAAAUUACAAAGUCUCGUUCAAACAUCGCAUUAAAAAAAACUUUGAGACUCAGCCCCGAUAAAGAUCUCAUUCGUUGUCCCUCCAAACAUUUCGACGAACUCCGGGCAGUUAACACCGAAAGUUUGUGCACUUUAUGCGGAACUACGGAAAAAAAGAAGCGUCUUUCUCUGAUUCUGACCGAUUUGUUGCAACGAAGUAUUCGAUACUUUUCCAGACGCAGGUCACCACAUGAGCACACCAGCAGUCACAGAAGCAUCAGUCUUUUGCAAAAUUACGGCGAUUCUUCCGAUAUUGAUAAGCAGAAAAUUUACAGUUUGUGGCGACGCACUGUCAUGAAAACAGCCAAAGACAUGCCUUUGGCUCAUUUGGAAGUCUUGUACGACACCAUUUCGGCCUGCAUUAGCAUUCACAAAGACGAUUUUCAAAAUUUAGUUAAGGUGCAAUUUUUUCAAAACUAGUUACUUAUUAUACAG